AAUAUGUCCAUGGAGCUCUGCGUUCUCGGACCUCUCACCGGUCGGAGUUUCGCCAUCGCCGGAAAACCUAAUCUACUACUUCUCCGUCCAACGACUCUCCCUCUUCUCCGUCUCUCCCUCCCGCUCUCUCUCCCACAAUUCUCUUCUUCGUCUUCAUCUUCUCGUCUCACUUCCCCCAUAGUAUUUGCUGCACAGGAGAGUAACUUAAGUGUAUCAAAUGAAAGUGAAACUAGUGAGUGGGUGAUGCAAGAUUUUUAUACAUUGAGGAAAGAUGUUGAAAUAGCAUCAGCUCGUGUUGAAGAGAUUAGAGACUCUGCUGGUUUAACACAACUAGAACAAGAGAUUGCUAAUUUGGAAUCAAAAGCUACUGAUACUUCUUUUUGGGAUGAUCGUGUUAAAGCUCAAGAAACGCUUUCGUCUUUGAACGAUCUUAAAGAUCGUAUGCGGUUGCUUUCUGAGUUCAAAUCCAUGGUUGAAGAUGCGGAAACGAUUGUUAAAUUAACAGAAGAGAUGGACUCUACUGAUGUUAGUUUACUUGAAGAAGCAAUGGGAAUUAUUAAAGAGUUGAAUAAAUCUCUAGAUCGGUUCGAGUUAACUCAGCUUCUAUCAGGACCUUAUGAUAAAGAAGGUGCUGUAGUCUACAUUACAGCUGGUGCUGGAGGAACUGAUGCUCAGGAUUGGGCGGAUAUGUUGCUUAGGAUGUAUAUGAGAUGGGGAGAGAAGCAGAGGUACAAGAUCAAAGUUGUUGAAAUGUCUAAUGGAGAGGAAGCAGGGAUUAAGUCAGCGACUCUUGAAAUCGAAGGGCGUUAUGCAUAUGGUUACAUUUCAGGGGAGAAAGGAACUCAUAGGAUUGUUCGACAAUCGCCAUUUAAUUCGAAAGGCCUACGACAGACGAGCUUUUCUGGUGUGGAAGUGAUGCCGCUUUUACCUGAGGAAGCAGUGGGAAUCGAAAUACCAGAGGAGGAUCUUGACAUUAGUUUCACCAGGGCUGGUGGAAAAGGAGGACAGAAUGUUAACAAAGUUGAAACUGCUGUUCGGAUUACUCACAUCCCUACUGGUGUUGCUGUCCGUUGCACAGAGGAGAGAAGUCAACUGGCAAACAAGACGAGAGCUCUGAUCAGACUAAAGGCGAAACUGUUGGUGAUUGCGGAGGAGCAACGCGCGACUGAGAUCAAGGAAAUAAGAGGAGAUGCAGUGAAAGCUGAAUGGGGACAGCAGAUCAGGAACUACGUGUUUCAUCCGUAUAAACUGGUUAAGGAUGUCCGAACAGGUCAUGAAACUUCUGAUAUCACAUCUGUAAUGGAUGGUGACUUGGACCCUUUUAUCAAAGCUUACCUGAAACACAAGUACACCUUAGCCAUGGCUUCUGCUGCAACCAAUUAGAAUGUUGAGGAUAUGCUUCUUCCUUCUUUUUUUUUGGUUUCUCUCCUUAGAUAGAAUCAUCCCCUCUUAGACUGUUCAGUUAUAUAACAAAAUCUUGGUAUCCAACGACGGAUAAACUUAAUAUGAGCUUAAGUGUGCUUGUAUCUAUUAUUAAAACCGCAUUUGAUUCUAAACAAAAAGAAACUUUAGACAAAUCUAACCAAGGAGAUGUGGGAAUGUAUUUGGUGUGAA